AUGGGGCUGUUUGUUUUCACGGAUGGGGAGGUGGGGCACACCAAGGAUGUCAUCACCGAAGUGCAGCGUCACUGGGAGACCCACAGGUGCUUCUCCUUUGGCAGCGGGGCUGGGGCCUCCACGGCUCUGAUCAAAGGCAUCGCCUGGGCAGCAGGGGGCAGCGCUGAGUUAAUCAAGGGCCAGGACCACACGCAGCCCAAGAAUCUGCCCCCCAGGAUGGAGGCGGCAUUGCCGGGUCGGGGCCCUGAGGUGAUCUUCCCUGGGCAGCGGUGCCUCAUCUAUGUCCAGCUCCACGGGCAGCCCCAGCCCCCCGGCACUGCUGUGGGGGGCGUCACCCUGCAGUACCGCAUCCAGGACCAGACCUACAAGGAGAUGCUGCAGUUCCCCCUGCAGCCACAAGAUGGAGACAGGCUGCCCGUUCAUCGGCUGGCAGCCAAAUGGCUGCUGCUGGAACUGGAGGGGGCCGUGGGGGCCAGGUCAGAGGGGGACCGGCGCCGGGCGCUGGAGACCAGCCUGAGCUCGGGAGUCGUCUGCUCCCUCACGGCCUACGUGGGGGUGGACACAGAGCGGGGGCAGCCGGUGCAGGGGCCGCUGGUGAGACGGGACAUCCCGCUGUCAGGUAACCCCGGACGGGUCGGGGAUCCUGGCAUCGGGCUACUGUGUGGCUCUUCUGGACCCUCCCUGCCCCCCAGGGUGACCCCCGUGCCCCCGGCCCCAGGGCAGGAGGAGAGCAGCGGGCACUGGCCGGAUAAAAUGAGGGGCAGCCUGCGGGGCCUGGCCCUCCCAGCUGGGAGAUGCCUGUCCUGGCUCUGCUGCCUCCCAGAGCUCAUCCAGGGGGGCCUCCGAUGCAAGGGCAGCGAGUCCUGUAAACACGGUGCCCCGCCUGAGACCGCACCCCAGGAAGAGUGGGCAUCAGAGGAGUCUUCCAUGCUGAGGCUGGUGUCUCUGCAGAAUGUCGACGGCUUAUGGGACCUGGACCCCUGGCUGGCCGCCGUGCUGGGGGUGAGUUAG